AUGUUGCAUACCAACCCAUUCACAUAUAGUGUUGAUACGACCAAUAAAUACGGUCUACCACUGAUCCCGGACGAACACUGGGAACCACUUUUUGCUGAGUUGGGCAAGCAGUCGAUUGGUCUAUUAAUGCAGCUUGACCCAACACAUGCAGAGUUGUAUCAAAAAGAGAUUCCACAGACAUUCAACGACAUUCCAAAACAAUUCAAAGAUGCAAUGCAUGAGAUGAUGGCUGGUUGCUUCGAUCAAAAAAGUAAGUUGUUUGAGAUGAUGACAAGAAAUGUUAUUGUCAAGUACGCCUCAUACCUUAGAUUUUUGAUGGAGAGACGACUUUACAAAGAGAAGUUGGAAUCAACCGACUUGUUGCCAUCUCUCUUUGUGUUGGCAUUGCCAAGAAGUGGGUCAACAUUCCUUCAUACAAUUUUGUCAUCAAAUGCGUUGGCUGAAACAAUGGCAAUGUAUGAGCAUCUGGCGCCUGGUCCUUUCACAAUGACAAGUCAGUCAAGAAAGAACUUUGGCAAUCAACUUGUCUCUACUGUCCACAGUCACACCUCUACUUUGAACGAAGUUCAUGUUCUCAAAAGUGCAGAACAAGCAGAAGAAGAACUCUUUUUCUUGGAAACACUUGGUCAUUCAUAUUUAUUCCCAAACGCAGUUCCACGAUAUGAAAUGUAUCGAAAAGGGAUGUUUGAACGGAAUUAUGAAUUUGCGUAUGACCAACUGAAAGAUCACAUGAAAAUGCAUCAACUUGAGUUUUCUGUUCCUGCAACAAAACACUUUGUGAUGAAAGGCGUCUCACAUUUUGUUGCACUUUCUGGGAUGCUGGAGACUUUUGGACAACUUUCAGACAACAACUACUUCAUUUGGAUUCACAGAGAACCCGUCGACGAAAUCAAAAGUUUGUUGUUGAUGUUAGAAGAGGCAAGAGGAUGGUACUCCGAUGACAUUGGUUUUGAUGAUGAACACGACAAGGAGUGGAUGGUCAAGAAUGCAAUUCAAGCAAACUUAUUGAAUCUGAAGAAUUCACUUGCAAUCAGAGAUGCAUGGAUCAAUGAAAAUCCAGACCGCGCUUCACGUAUCAUCGAUGUUGGGUUCAAAGACACAAUUGCACACCCCGUUGAAACAGUCAAAAGAAUAUACACCCGUGUUGGUCUUGAAUUCAACGACGAAACAGAAAAGAAGAUUCUUGAAGCAGUCAAAAACGACCCACAAAAGCAAUUCGGCAAAAAGAAAGAAAACCCAUUCAAAAUCAACGAGCAAGACAUCAGACAUACUUUCAAGUUCUACUACGACAGGUUCCCCUCUUACAUGCCAAAUUACUACGGCAAUAACUAA